GGCUCUGCAUGUGCCAUGGGCGCAGGGCUGGCCUGGCUGACCCCUGUCCUCGGAGCGUGCACCUUCGUGAGAGUGACCAUCCCUCCUGCACGCUGGCCCCGUUCCACCUGUGGCUGGGCAGCCCCGGGUCUGGACCAGCACGGCCGCCUGCCCAGCGCCUUGUGCCACGAGGGGCCAGAGAAUCUCCUCUGGCGGGUCGGUCACAGAGCCCUGCCACUCCCCUCCGGGCAGCCACAUCCAGGCAUCUGGGCCGCUUAUCAGAGUCUUUCUCAAAAUAACCCCAGGCUGGAGCCUCGUGAUGUCCCUGCCGCGCCUGACCUGGCCGUGUCCUGGGACUCGUGGGCGAGCGGCCCGCCUGGCCAAAACCCGGCUGCGACACCCCUGGUCCUGCCCGCUGCUGGGCUGGGGAGUGCGGCGGGGGGACCCUCUGGCAGCAGGAUCAAGCACCCCAACAUUGUGGCUUUGGAUGACAUUUACGAGAGUGGGGGUCACCUCUACCUCAUCAUGCAGCUGGUCUCGGGUGGGGAGCUCUUUGAUCGGAUUGUGGAGAAGGGUUUCUACACGGAGCGAGACGCCAGCCAGCUGAUCCGGCAGAUCCUGGACGCUGUGAGGUACCUGCACGACAUGGGCAUUGUGCACCGGGACCUGAAGCCCGAGAAUCUGCUCUAUUACAGCCCGGACCCGGACUCCAAGAUCAUGAUCAGCGACUUCGGGCUAUCAAAGAUUGAGGGCUCUGGCAGCGUCAUGUCCACGGCCUGCGGGACCCCCGGCUAUGUGGCCCCGGAGGUGCUGGCCCAGAAGCCCUACAGCAAGGCUGUGGAUUGCUGGUCCAUUGGUGUCAUCGCCUACAUCCUGCUGUGUGGUUACCCCCCCUUCUAUGACGAGAAUGAUGCGAAACUCUUUGAGCAGAUCUUGCGGGCUGAGUACGAAUUCGACUCGCCCUACUGGGACGACAUCUCCGAGUCAGCCAAAGAUUUCAUCCAGCACUUAAUGGAGAAGGAUCCCAGCAAGCGCUUCACAUGUGAACAGGCCCUGCAGCACCCCUGGAUCGCCGGGGACACUGCGCUGGACAAGAACAUCCACCAGUCUGUCAGUGAACAGAUCAAAAAGAACUUCGCCAAGAGCAAGUGGAAACCCCCUGUCCUGGUGCAGCAAGCGUUCAACGCCACCGCCGUGGUGAGACACAUGAGGAAGCUGCAGCUUGGAACCAGCCAGGAAGGACCCGGGCAGACCACUCCACCCAGCCCCUGCGACCUGCUGGAGGCUGCCGCCAGCAAUGGGUCAGACUCCAGGGGCUGCGACAGGUCGCUGGGGCCCAGCUCUCACGGCCCACCCCAGGACUGACAGCACCCAGCAUGGCCCUGCCCCGUGGGGCCCUGGCAGGCUGGGCUCCGAACUUGGGGAUGACCUGCCCGGGGUGGGUGGUGGCGCUGGCAUCUCAUUGCUGCAGCUGCCAUGAUCCAAGCCGGGUGAGUGGACGCAGGCUGCAGCCCUGGCAGGGCACCACAGAGAGAUGUCCCGGGCCAGAGCCUCCGCGGGAGACGGCAACCGCAGCUCGCGCUUGAGGCACGGAUGCCCCUGCUGCAGGGUCCAGGCUAGGAGCCUACCAUCUCCCCUGGGGCAGAGCCAGGGCCCAGCCUCCCUAGGGGCCGCACCUGGGCUCCAGCCCUGGGCCAGGCACACUGACCCCCUAACGUGCUGGGUCUUGCAUGUACUUGCUCACGCCCCUGCAGCCCCCUUCCCUCCCUCUCCGCUGUAGGGAGCUGGUAGAGCUGGGGCUCGCACUCUGGCUGGACCCCCAACAAGGGGCCCUGAGCAGGCUACUUGCCUAGCUCUACUGAGGGGGUGGGGAGGGGAGGGCUUGGUGCAGCCAAGCUGCAGGGUGAGUGGGUGGGGCUGGGGCUGGCCUUUGCUGUGGAACAAGGGGCCUGGUUCACCUAGCUGCAGCCGCCAUUCCUGCCCCCGCCACCUGUGUCCCCAGCCCCUUCCCGCAUGUUCAAGCAGAAUUUCCACACAAGGCUGUUUCUACAUUGACGCUUGUAUUAAAGGAAAGCAGUGAAUGCA